UGAGACAGAAAACACCAAACGAAAACAAAGCAAAGCACAGAGGAUAGAAGCUAGAAGCCAAAGACCUCUCCACAGUAUCUGUUAGACAUACGACAGAAACUACAUCAGCAUAGAGAAAAAAUAAAACAAACCAAAAACGAAAAAUUGUUUUUCUUGUUUUUUCAUUAAUUAUAAGCUAGUCUCAUCUGCAAAAGCAGAUCCUGGCUUGUUUUCCUUUCUUUCUCAGGUGUUCCUUUCUGGCAGAAUUCUUCUUUCUUGUUUCUUGCUCAAAGUUCCCUUUUUAAGUGACUUAUUUUCCUAGAAAUUUUCCUCUUCUUCUUCUUUUUUUCUGUAAGCUUGCUCAAGCUGUGAAAGAGCUAUCAGAUUUUGACAGGGGGUCUCUUCUUUAAGGUGAAAUCAGCAUUAAGAGCGUUGAUUUGUGUGAGUUCCAAUAAAUUGUAAGGAUUUUCUUGAGAGAUUUUAAUAAAUUCGCUUUUAUAAUUUGGCAGACUAUAACCACUCUACCGCCAUUAAAAUAAUAAAGAAAAAGCUGUAACAGCCGUUUUGGACUCAACUCAAUUCACUGGCUUCUAGCUCUUACAAGGUAUAAAACGAGAGCAGCACACACUCCAAACGAGGCAAGCACCAUCUCUCACCGUCUCUCUUCAGACAAAGUGUGUUAAAGAACCAGCAGAUUUGCAGGACUGUGAUACAUUUGUCAAUAAAAGGAUCUACAUAGAAGUUUUCUGGCUCUUCUCUCUGUAUAAAUCCAAGGUUGAUCGCCAAAUCCCAGUACUGUAGCUAAUCUUUCAACAGAUCUGUAGAGCAGUGAAAGAAAAAAAAAAGAUGACAUCCCAGAAGCAAGCAGAAGAAGAGAUGAUAUCAAGCUUCAAUGAAACUGAGAAUGAAGAGAAAGAAGAAGAGAAUAAUAAAGAAGAGGACUCCAUUUUUAGCCUGAAGGGUAUUCUUUGGCAUGGUGGUUCUGUAUAUGAUGCCUGGUUUAGUUGUGCUUCAAAUCAAGUUGCUCAGGUGCUGUUGACGCUGCCUUAUUCAUUUUCUCAAAUGGGGAUGCUUUCUGGAAUAAUUUUGCAGGUGUUUUAUGGUAUUAUGGGGAGCUGGACAGCGUAUCUCAUCAGUGUUCUCUAUGUAGAAUACCGAAGCAGAAAGGAGAAAGAGAAUGUCAGCUUCAAAAACCAUGUCAUACAGUGGUUCGAAGUGCUAGAUGGUUUACUGGGUCCGACCUGGAAAGCCGUUGGCUUGGCCUUUAACUGCACUUUUCUCCUCUUUGGUUCUGUUAUACAACUCAUAGCCUGUGCAAGCAAUAUUUACUACAUUAAUGACAAAUUAGACAAGAGGACAUGGACCUACAUCUUCGGAGCUUGCUGUGCUACUACUGUGUUCAUACCUUCAUUUCACAAUUACAGAAUCUGGUCUUUUCUUGGCCUUGGCAUGACCACCUACACUGCCUGGUAUAUGACCAUUGCAGCAGUUGUUCAUGGCCAGGUUGAUGGGGUGACACACAAUGGCCCAACAAAAUUGGUUCUCUAUUUCACAGGCGCCACCAAUAUCCUCUACACUUUCGGCGGCCAUGCUGUUACUGUUGAAAUUAUGCAUGCAAUGUGGAAGCCUCAGAAGUUCAAGUAUAUAUAUCUCCUAGCCACAAUGUAUGUGUUCACCUUAACAAUUCCAUCUGCUACUGCUGUCUACUGGGCAUUUGGUGAUCAACUCCUCACUCACUCAAAUGCAUUCUCACUUCUUCCUUCUUCCGGAUGGCGAGACGCUGCAGUCAUCCUCAUGCUCAUCCACCAGUUCAUAACAUUCGGAUUCGCUUGUACACCACUCUACUUCGUGUGGGAGAAAGUGGUGGGAAUGCAUGAUACAAAGAGCAUAUUUGUGAGGGCAUUAACAAGGUUGCCUGUAGUUGUACCUAUAUGGUUCUUGGCUAUCAUAUUUCCUUUCUUUGGCCCCAUUAACUCAGCUGUGGGGGCUCUUUUGGUUAGCUUCACUGUCUACAUCAUCCCUUCCUUGGCUCAUAUGCUCACUUAUCGAUCAGCAUCUGCUCGACAGAAUGCAGCAGAGAAGCCUCCAUUUUUCCUCCCUAGCUGGACAGCAAUGUAUGCAGUGAAUGCAUUUAUAGUGAUAUGGGUCCUUGUAGUUGGGUUUGGAUUAGGAGGGUGGGCAAGUAUGAGCAAUUUCAUCAAGCAAGUUGACACAUUUGGUCUCUUUGCCAAGUGCUACCAGUGCCCGCCGCAGCCCGCCUCGAAGCACCAUUGAGUGUUGCAGACUGAUCAUCCAAGUUAUACCCAGAAGCAACUUAUUAAAAUUUCAUUUUCUCCAUAGCAUUUUUCAUUUUGUUUGAUGUAUUAUAUACAAAGGGAGGCACCACCACCGCCACCAGCAGUUCCUCCUUUAUAUACUGUGUUUUGUUUCAAGCUUAGGUGAUUUGUGAAUGGUAAUGUUUGGUUAGUAUCAUAUAGCAAUGUAGUCCAAAUUCUCUAUGCAAGUGAAUACAAUUCAGAAACUAGCAAAUGUAA